AUGAGCCAUCCACGCUAUCGUCAGCCCUCGCCGGACAACAGGAAUUUUGUUGAUCCCAUGAGAGCAUCUACCGGGAAUGUGAUACUGGGUUCUGAUAUGGAACCAUACAAUCUUCCUCGAGUUGACUAUGAUGGGUACUAUUCGUCAAGUGUCGCAGGAGAUCGAAACUUAGAACCGUAUUAUAAGAAUUAUUAUUAUCCAAAGCGGUCCUCUCACCCUCCUGAGGAUUUAAUUACUUCUCAUGCCUCUCGAUUGACUGACCAACCAUCCAUAACUCGAACCGAAUAUACUAUUCGCCCAAAAAGCAAUACGUUGUCCAUCACAGAUUCCAAUCUUCGUCCGCUAAAAGUCCCUAUACCGUCAUCACCAAACCGAUUGUUCGCGGGGUAUGAGGGUGGUCGUCCUUCACGUCCGUCAUCAUAUUAUGCCAAAAACGAAACUGAACGUUACAUUCUACCUUCAUCAUCUUUACCUUCAAGGUAUCGUCGAAUCUUUAGUUCUGAUGACAGAGAAGGUCGUCUCGUGCUUGAUGACAAAGAAAUACCGCCUCGUUCGGAGAAGGGGGGCAAUUUAAUUACCGGACGGAACUCGCAACAUGUUUAUCCAAUUCCUCCCCCCCUAAAUAAAUCACAGGAUAUUGACAUAGGAGAUUCUUACUCAUACACCAAUCCUGCAGAACAGUUCUAUAGGGACUUUGAGGCUACUCAAAGCUAUCGGCGUGAUAAUCCCGCUAGGAGAAAGGCAAGACCUUUGAGCUUAACUGGUUUGGAACGCUACCUGCCACAGAUUCCCAGAGACCCCAGAGACUCCGGCCCGCCGCCUUCUGCGAGGGGAUUUGACCGAAUUGGAAGAGGAGAAACUCGUCGGUCAUCAUCUCGAGAUAAUAAAGGUAGGGUAACUUCCUAUUCGCCUGAUAUUCGUCAAGGAAGAUCCAGAGCCCCAGUCUCUCUUCACCAGGACGGAGACAAAACUCCAAAGCAACAUGAGGAAUAUGAUGCCUUAAAGGAGUCCCCAAGUAACCGUCGAUCCUAUGCUGAUGAUGCUUCCAUAAAAGAUGGCCUCCACCAAAAGGCCAGAGAUGACGCGCGAUAUGGACAUAUCCCCAAAAUAGACACUAAUGUCAGAAGCACACGGGACAUAUCAAUGCCUGGUGGGCUUGCUACAGCCGGUUUAGCCAGCGGCUAUUCUGACGAAUAUCGAAGUAGAGGGUACGAAAGUGACCGAAGUGCAUCGCUAGACGGACGGAAAACUCGGGAUCUGGGUCGUGUUGCUAGCGCAAGACAGAGGAGUAAAGAGCAUUCCGAAAGAAAAACAGAUGAUGAACUCUCGGAAAUAGAAACGCGAAGUCUCAGAUAUCGAACGAAAGGACAUCCAGGACGGGCCUACAUGGAAGAAAGUGUUGAAAGACGCCACACAUACCAUAUCAAAGGCUACGAAAGCAAGAGCUCCGACUCCAGGAGACACAAUGUGUCCUCCAAGCGACACUCUGAUAAGCUCCUCACAAACAACCAUCUCGUUUCAACCCCCGCCGAUAUCACUGAUCAAAGGAAACCGUAUCAUACUGAAUUAGCUCGUCCCAAGGAACCCGAAGUUCCCCCCAAAAGUAUCCUCAAACCUCCGAGGGAAAAGUUUCCUGAAGAUCGCACCGCUGUGAGAGAAGGGGUUGCUCCUUUGAAAGAUGCAACGAAAAAAGGUAUUCCCCAAGGCGCACGUUGGACCAAAGUUGAUCGAAAACUUGUCAGUCCGGCAGCGCUACAAGGCGAACGUUACGAAGAACGCCCUGAUUAUGUGAUAAUCUUAAGAGUCCUGACAAAAGAGGAGAUUGAGGACUUCGCUAGAAAUACAGCAGAUAUUAGAGCUAGGUACGAGUCAUAUCGCCGCGAUCAUCGUAAACGUCGAGACGAUGAUGAACCUGACGAGGAAGACCGGAAAUCUCGUCUUGCUCUUGAACCUCCCCCUGAUGUAAGGCGUCGCUCGCCUCCUGGUUCCCACUCUUCUGAUUCACAUAAGACUCGUGCUUCACGGUCAUGA